ACGUAACCCUUGAAGUCAUCGAUAAAAGUCCGCGAAAUACAUUAGUAACACAACAAAACACUAUCUUCGGAAAAUGAGUCUCUGGGUGGAUAAACAUAGACCGACUUCAUUAAAUAAACUAGACUACCACAAAGAACAAGCACAACACUUAAAGAAAUUGGUGGCAGGUGGGGAUUUUCCACACUUGCUGGUGUACGGACCGUCUGGUGCGGGCAAGAAGACCCGCAUCAUGUGCAUCUUAAAAGAGCUGUAUGGGUCUGGGGUGGAGAAACUGCGCAUAGAGCAGCACAGCUUCACCACGCCAUCAAAGAAGAAGCUGGACAUAUCUACCAUAUCUAGCAACUAUCACAUAGAAGUCAACCCUAGUGAUGUAGGGAACAAUGACCGUGUGGUUAUUCAGGAGCUCAUUAAGACAGUGGCCCAGGUGAACCAGCUGGAGUCCUCCACACAGAGGGACUUCAAAGUGGUGGUGCUCACAGAGGUGGAUCGUCUCACAAAGGAUGCCCAGCAUGCGCUGCGUCGCACCAUGGAGAAGUACAUGUCUACGUGUCGCCUCAUCCUGUGCUGCAACUCCACCAGUAAGGUGAUACCAGCCAUCAGAAGCAGGUGCCUCGGGAUCCGGGUACCAGCACCUUCCACAGACGAGGUGUGUCAGAUACUUCAGACAGUGUGUAAGAAGGAAGGACUCAAUCUGCCCAUGGAGCUAGCAAGGCGUAUUGCUGACAAGAGCAACCGUAACAUGCGCCGGGCCCUUCUUCUGUGUGAGGCAUGCAGGGUCCAACAGUACCCGUUCAGUGGUGACCAGGCGGUCAGUGAACCAGACUGGGAGGUCUACCUGAGAGAGACUGCCCACAUGAUAGUCCAGCAACAGAGCCCUAAGAGACUGUUUGAAGUUCGAGGCAGGCUGUAUGAGCUGUUGACACACUGCAUACCUGCCGACGUCAUUAUGAAGGGACUUCUUCAGAACGUGAUCAACAGUUGUGACGGGGAGUUGAAGACAGAGGUGAUCCAAACAGCAGCCUACUAUGAACACAGGCUGCAGAUGGGGCAGAAAGCCAUAUACCACCUGGAGGCUUUUGUCGCAAAGUUUAUGGCUAUUUAUAAACGAUUCUUGGAGGAAGGAAUAGCUGAUAUUUUCUGAGGAAAAGACUCCAGGAAUACACGCUGUUGUUACUGUUAAGUAACAAAAUGUGAUGCUUAUCAUAAUCAUGUACCAUUUACACCAGUUAAUGUGUUCAAAACAAGCAGAUAAUUAUAUGCACACUUGAUAAACAGAUCCUUCUUCCUGUUAAUUAAGAUGUAGUCAAUAAACAAUGUGUUCUCUUAGUUGGAUAAAGACCCAUACAAGGAACUAAAUUCAAUCAAGUUAUAGAUGUGCAUUAAGUCGCUUUACACUUAAAGCUACAAUGUGUCUCUAGCAUAUAUUGUGCUGUGACAUAUGUCCCGCAUCAUGCAAAAAUCAGUCUUAUGCAAUAUAUUAAUUAACAGCUGUCUAAUGUAUGAAGUAAUGGAUGUUCAAAACGAUGCAUCCCGUUUUAGGAUGAUUUCGAGUUGGAUACCUUGUUAUAUAGAUUCUAUAUAUUUGAUAGUGGCAUUUUUUUUUUCAGAAAAGUUGAUUUUUCGUUAUAAUAUGAUAAUUUAUCAUUCAAAAUGAUGUUUUCACUAAUUAAUAUCAUAGCCACACAUUAACCACCCGUGGUUUGAACUUAAUAUGCCGCAUUUAUUAAUGAUUUUUUUACGCGUAAAUAGCAAUCCUUAAACAUAAAAGUCAUUUAUUAGAUCAAUCUUAAACUUAUUUAUAUCGACAGGCACUGGCCAUUCUAAAUACUUGUUUUAUGAUGGAAAUGGUACGUCCAUUAAAAAACACACAUGGCCAUGUAGUAUUAAAUAACAUCAAAACAAGAUGGAGAUUAAUCUGGUUCUUUUUUCCGAAUUUCAUAUUCAAAAUAGGAACAAUGAACAACGCUUAAUAACGCAAAAUAGUUAAACUUUAUUUACGUUAUGUAUUACGAUAUAUUUUCAUGUUUCUUCUUCGCGCUUGCAUAGGAUGCCAUGCUUAAACAUAACUGGCAUUUUCUACUUCAAAUUAACCAAACCUAAAACCAAUACAUAGAUUUUUUAAUUUAUGUGAUAUAAAAAUGCAAUCUAAUACAUUUCAGCACAUUUUUUUAAAUUCAUACUACAGGUUCUCAUUUGCGCCUGAAAAAGGAAAAGGAGCAAAGCAUCUUUGUCCAUAAAAUAUAAAUUUAAGGUUUUUCCGAGGCUGAAUAAAGACAAAAGGAAAAAGACAGUGUACCUCCAAACCAGACUGCUUAAAAGUGCUGGCUGGUCUGGACCUACGAUAGCUGCAAAUGGCAUAAGACCCAUUUUUGUAUGAUGAGAGCCAUAUGCACAAUCUAAAUCGCCAAAUAAUGUGGAUUGUCACAUUCGGCUUUCAAGGUUUAAUGCCUUAAUGUGUUCAGCUACUGAGGCCAUAAAUAUGUUAAAAAAAUCUCACAUCUUUGUUAAAUGUCCAAAACAUCUCUUGAACAUAUGUGCUUCAUUGUUUGUGUAUUGUACCUUGUUACUUUUUGUGAACUCCAGCUUGAUUUUAUGCAAUGGAAUUGAUUUUCUUGAUUUUUGUGUGUACCGGAAUGAAAAACUAUGUUUACCAUGUAAAUUAUUAAAACUUAAAUAAAA